UGUUCCACCGUUUAAGGUUCAACAUGGGAUUUUCUGUCCACUGGAGUUGGCUUGCUGUACUUUCAUGUCUCCUCUAUAUGGGAGAUGAAGUUCGGUGUGAUUGCACAGAGGAGAAUAUUCAAAUUGAAGGAGGUCAGUACACAUUGACCAAGCAGCUGGUGAGUGGCAGCCUGUUGAUCUACUCCUGUCCGGAGGGCUACUAUCCACACCCGACUCUGACCCGCGUGUGCCAGCUAAAUGGCACCUGGCGACCACCACCCAAAAGAUUUUUACCUCAGAAAUGCAGGAUUGUUGAAUGUCCAGACCCCAACGUGCUGGAGUACGGUAACGUCUCCCCUCCUCAGGAGAAGUAUUUUGUGAACAAUGAGACCACGUAUGAGUGCUACUCUGGAUACACAAUGCGAGGCUCAUCCAGUCGUGUUUGCUUACCAAAUGGGAAGUGGAGCGGCGCUACUCCCAUCUGUAGCCGUGACUCAGAGAAUAAUUGUCCUGAUCCUGGUAUCCCAGCUGGCGCCUCAAGAACAGGGAACACAUUUGGAAUUGACGACACAGUGAAAUACACAUGCAAUGGCAACCUGUUUUUGGUGGGGUCGAGUGAAAGAGUGUGUCAGGAGAACGGCCAGUGGACUGGCAAAGAGCCAGCAUGCUACUACAGACACACCUUUGACACUCCACUGGAGGUUUCACAGGCAUUUGGCAGUGCAAUCAAAGACAGCCUCACCACUUUAGAGCCCAUCGAUGACACACAGGAGGGGAGAACUAUCAGGAUAUCAAAAAAUGAGACACUUAACAUCUAUAUCGCAGUAGAUAUUUCUGAGAGCAUCGAAGAGGACCAAGUCAAUAGUGCAAAGAAAGCUGUCAUAACACUUAUUGACAAGAUUUCAUCUUUUAGCGUGACUCCAAACUAUGGUGUCAUCUUUUUCUCCUCUGAAGUGUUUGAAGUUGUCAAAAUUCUUGAUUUUUUGAAUGGCAAAGUAGUACUAAACACCAUAAAGGAUGAAAUUAACAAAUUUAAAGUGAGCGACAGAAAUGCUGGAACAGAUCUGAACCUCGUCUUUAGGACCUUCUUAGAGCGAAUGGCUGUCAUAAAGCAACUAGCUGGAGACAAGCAAUUUAAGGAACAUCGUCACGUCAUCAUCGUUUUUACAGAUGGUGCUUACAAUAUGGGCGGUUCACCUGCACCAACUGUGGAAAAAAUAAAGAACAUGGUAUACAUGAACCACACUGUUGAAGGGGAGACUCAAUCAAGAGAAGAAUAUCUUGAUAUUUAUGUUUUUGCUAUUGGAGCUGAAAUCUUUGAUGACGACCUGCAGCCCCUCACAGUAGGGGUCGGUGGCAAGCAUUAUUUCAGAAUGAAGGACAUUCAAAAUUUACAACAGACCUUUGAUGACAUAAUUGAUGAAGAACAAGUUAUGGGUCUGUGUGGUCUUCACAGGGACUAUGACGGACACACAGCCAAAAGCAACGAAAGGGCAAUGCAUCCAUGGGUGGCAUUCAUUAAUGUCCAGACGGAAGGAAAGUCACAAAAGAAAUGCAUCGGCUCUCUGGUGACCCCUCAGUUUGUCUUGACUGCUGCUCACUGCUUCACUUUUGGAAAUUUACCUGAGCACGUCACAGUUGACAUUGAUGAUGGACGGGGCAAAGUGAAAAAAGUUCGAAAUUUCAUAGUACACCCAAAAUACAAUAUUAAUGGUAAAGCAAAUGAAGGCGUGAAGGAGUUCUAUGACUAUGAUGUGGCUCUCAUCCAACUGACAGAAUACGUUGAAAUCUCCAUUAACGUCAGACCUAUUUGUAUACCUUGCACCAAGCAGACCAAUGAAGCUCUAAAACUGAGUGUUGAUUCCACCUGCAAGGACCAAGAGCAGCUGCUGUUAAAGAGUCACCUUGAAAGACUCAGUUUCCUGACAAGGACGGACAAGUGGGUAAAGGAAAAAGAUGCUCACGCUAAGCUUGGCGACAAUAGAGAUGGAUGCAUCAAACAUGCACUAGAGGCCCCUGGCAUAACAACAAAGAAUCCAAAGGAUGCUGUGACUGAUAUCUUCCUGUGCACAGGUGGUCAGAGCCCCCAACGAGAUCAUGUAGCAUGUCCAGGUGACUCUGGAGGUGCAGUGUACAGGAACUAUGAGCAACGCACAAUUCAGGUUGCAUUGGUCAGCUGGGGAACCAAGGAUCUGUGCAAGACUCGUGGUAAUAUGGCGGAGUCAGAUGACACCUCCAGAGAUUUCCAUAUUAAUCUUUUCAGAGUUGUCCGUUUUCUCAAAUCUGUCCUUGGAAAUGACACCCUUGAAUAUGAACCACUUCCAUUUUUGGAGAGUUGAAUGCAUUUACAUACCGUAAUUUGUUUUGCUGUUUCAAUUAUAUGACUGUGUAUACCGUAUGUUUAAAAGCAUUUGAUGCACUGAUGAUUUAAUUAAUUCAAUCACUCGUUCAGUUUUUGUCAGACUAUAAGUUCAUAAUGAAAAAGAUGCAAUUUUCAGAUGGCAUGUUCUCAUCAAAAGCAUACAUACUGUACAUACACAUGUUCACAGAAAAAUAGUAUAAUUUUGCAUAAUAAGCUUAUCUGUAUCAACCAUUCUCAAAAUGUGCAAUUACAGUCAUGCUAGUCUGUACUUUAUCUAAUACACAUACAUUUAUUCUUCAUUUA